ACCAAGGCAAGCGAGGAACACAGUUGCAAAACAUCUUAUAAAAUGUUGAUCUCAGUAAAAGUUAUAUUGUUCAUAUGCUUAUUACAAAGAGAUUUAGUCAAUGGGUGUCCUCCACCUUGUUCAUGUCGUACAGACGGAGUUAUAAGAUGCGAAUCUAAGAAUUUGACGGAAAUACCUCGAAAUAUUAGUUCAAAUUCAACAGAUCUGACAUUAAAAAAUAAUAGAAUUACCUUAAUUGGACCAAAUGACUUAUCAGGUUUAACACUCAUUGGAUAUAUAGACUUAAGUUUCAAUGAAAUCUUCAGUAUAGAUGCAGACGCAUUUGCUGACCUUACGGACUGUGUAUCUAUAAAUUUACAAGAAAACAACUUAGUAAGUUUACCAGGAGAUCUUUUUUCGUCGGUCAUCAUUCUUGAUACUUUAUUGUUACAGAAAAACUGACUAAUAAGUUUAUCGGAUGAACUAUUUUCAUUGAACCCAUUACUUCAAAUUUUAGAUUUAUCAUCUAACAACUUAACAACUUUACCAAAUAAUCUUUUUUUGACAAACAACAACUUGAGGUUAUUAACUUUAUCAAAUAACAACAUUGUAAGUUUACCAGGUGGUCUGUUAGCGAAUACAAAAGUUGACGAGUUUGAAAUUUACAAUAACCCAUUGCAAUGCUGCCUCAUGAAAGAUUUCUUAGAAUGGGCUGCAAAUGAACCAGGUCUGCUUUAUUACGGAUUAUGUACUGAUUUUAAUACAACAAGUGAACUCAAAGAUUUUGAAACUGCAAGUUGCAUUAUUUCAGUUGAUGGAGGAUGGAGCCCUUGGUUCAACUCGUCUUGUUCGGUGUCAUGUGGAGAGGGCGUCAGAAUCCGAAACAGGACAUGUGACAAUCCCCCACCAUCUGGAAGUGGACAACAUUGUGUUGGUUCCGAAACUGAAAAAUCAAUCUGCAACUUAGGAAAAUGUCCAAUUGAUGGAGGAUGGAGCCCUUGGUUCAACUCGUCUUGUUCGGUGUCAUGUGGAGAGGGCGUCAGAAUCCGAAACAGGACAUGUGACAAUCCCCCACCAUCUGGAAGUGGACAACAUUGUGUUGGUUCCGAAACUGAAAAAUCAAUCUGCAACUUAGGAAAAUGUCCAAUUGAUGGAGGAUGGAGCCCUUGGUUCAACUCGUCUUGUUCGGUGUCAUGUGGAGAGGGCGUCAGAAUCCGAAACAGGACAUGUGACAAUCCCCCACCAUCUGGAAGUGGACAACAUUGUGUUGGUUCCGAAACUGAAAAAUCAAUCUGCAACUUAGGAAAAUGUCCAAUUGAUGGAGGAUGGAGCCCUUGGUUCAACUCGUCUUGUUCGGUGUCAUGUGGAGAGGGCGUCAGAAUCCGAAACAGGACAUGUGACAAUCCCCCACCAUCUGGAAGUGGACAACAUUGUGUUGGUUCCGAAACUGAAAAAUCAAUCUGCAACUUAGGAAAAUGUCCAAAAUCAUGCAGGCAUUCAAACAAAAGAAUCCGACAACAAACCAGAAGACGAUUUGGACAAUAGAGCAGGAAAAAAACAGCGAAAAAAGAAAGACAAGAACCCAAAAAGAAAGAACAACAUUAAUUUGUUUAAUUGAAAUCAACCACAUAUUGAAAUAGUGUUGAUUAAAAAAAACUGAGGGGAAAUACAAACUUGGUUUUAAUUUCAUCAUCACCCUGUAUGGUUUUGUUCUACAAUUUUUCUGGUUUAGUUUAUUAUAUACUUUUGUAACAUGUAAUAUUUAUAUGAUUACAUUUUGUGGGAAUAUUCAUUGGUGACAUGUGUUUUCAUCUUUUGAAUCAUUGGUUUCUGUGCCUUUUUUUCUUUUCAUGUUAUUUUUUAAGUAACAAAUAACAUUUAAAUGAUUAUAUUGUGUGGGAAUAUUCAUUGCUGACAUUUGUUUUUAUCUUUAAAAUCAUUGGU